UUAAUUCAAACUUAAAGCAAUUAAAAAGCGAUGUGAUUUGACUACAUUAGAUUAAUGAAAAAAUAACUACCAAUGAAGCUAUGAUGUUUCAUGAAAUUAAUCGGGCGAAGUGUUGACAUGAGAGAAAGGCGAUAGCUACAAUGUAUCGUCCUCAGACAUAGUUACCUCUGUUCUGUUCGCUCAGAUGACUUUUUCCUGACACUGAGCAUAGACAUUUCUGCUGCUGUUGAGUAGAGGAUCAUUCUCUUCGAGCACUGUGCCUAUGACUUCACCAUGGGGUGGGCUGGAGACAUGCACCCACCAUCAAGGGAGGACUUUGUGUCUUUAACCCUCACUGGACAAGGAAGUGGCAUCUAUAAUAACAGUAAACAGUGGAGAAGACAGUCCUGCUGGAGGAAAUGGAAACGGUUAUCCAGAUUGCAGCGCAACCUAAUCCUCUUCACCGUGGCUCUCAUGUUAGUUUGUGGGAUUUCUACUUAUCCCAGUGUCACAGAACAUUUCCGAGGCCUUACUGUUGUUGCGAAGGAGGAAGGGGACCAUGCUCUGAAACCUGUCAUCCAUGAGGUCCAACCUGAGUUGGACAAACUGAACCGACCGCUAGUACCAGAGUCACCUUCAGAGAAGCAGAAGAGGGCAGCCCACAAGCGGGGGCCACCCAGCCUACAGAACCGACUGCAAAAGAAAGGGAACGUGUCAGAUACCCAGGUGGAGAAAGAGGAGGGAGAGAAGCCACUUGUAAACUGGCGUGUGGCCAUGAUGGACCAAGCCACUGAAAGAGGAACUGCCAAGGAAGCAGCGAACAAGGUGGAUGUCCCAGCGGUUGAGCAAGAGGGCCAUUCACACAAGGAGCCAGAAGUCGAUAGGCUUGAGGCAGUACGUGAUGCUUUCAGACAUGCAUGGAAGGGCUACAAAGAGUUUGCCUGGGGGAAAGAUGAGCUGAGGCCCAUGUCUAAGUCCUAUGGAGAGUGGUUUGGCCUAGGCUUGACCCUAAUUGAUGCACUGGACACAAUGUGGAUCCUCAACCUCAAAAAAGAGUUUGAGGAGGCUAAGACCUGGGUGUCCACAGAGCUGUCCUUUAAUAAAAACGUGGAUGUGAACCUGUUUGAGAGCACCAUCCGUAUCCUGGGCGGCUUGCUGAGCACUUACCAUCUGACUGGAGACAUUCUGUUCCUGGACAAGGCUAAAGAUAUAGGAACGAGGUUAAUGCCUGCCUUCAACACCCCGUCCAAGAUCCCUUACUCAGAUGUGAACAUUGGGAAGGGUACGGCCCAUCCCCCUCGAUGGACGUCGGACAGCACUGUUGCGGAGGUCACCAGCAUCCAGCUGGAAUUUAGGGAGCUGAGUCGCCUCACUCAGGACACACGCUACCAGGCUGCAGUGGACGAGGUCAUGCAGAAAGUCCACAAGUUGGAGGGGAAGCAGGAUGGCCUCGUCCCCAUGUUCAUCAACACCAACAGCGGCCAGUUCACCCAUUUGGGGAUGUUCACGCUGGGUGCACGGGCAGACAGCUACUACGAAUACCUCCUCAAACAGUGGAUCCAGGGAGGCAAGAAGGAGACGGCGUUGCUGGAGGAUUACCUGCAGGCCCUGGAGGGAGUGAAGAAGAACCUGCUGAAGAAGUCCUCUCCGAACAGGCUGACCUUCGUAGGGGAGCUUUCUCAUGGCAGGUUCAGCCCCAAAAUGGACCACCUGGUGUGUUUCCUCCCUGGGACCCUGGCUCUAGGGGCCCACCACGGCCUGCCAGCCGAACACAUGGAGCUGGCCAAGCAGCUGAUGGAGACCUGCUACCAGAUGUAUGCCCAGAUGGAGACUGGCCUGAGCCCUGAGAUUGUCCACUUUAACAUGCACGAGGGCAGCAUCGGAGAUGUAGACGUGAAGCUUGCAGACAGACACAACCUCCUGCGCCCUGAGACGGUGGAGAGCUUGUUCUAUCUGUACAGGUUCACUAAAGACCGGAAGUACAGGGACUGGGGCUGGGAGAUCCUCCAGAACUUUAACAAGUAUACCAAGGUUUCUACUGGUGGCUACACGUCCAUCAACAACGUCCGGGACCCAGAGUACCCCAGCCCCCGGGACAAGAUGGAGAGUUUCUUCCUGGGGGAGACUCUCAAAUACUUCUACCUGCUGUUCUCAGAUGACCCGGAGCUGCUCAGUCUGGACAAGUAUGUGUUCAACACAGAGGCUCACCCCCUGCCCAUCUGGCCCACUGCACAGUGAGAGAUACACAGGGCAAGUCAACAUGAAGCACACAUACAGUAAUACAUCACAGCUCAGGGCUUGGCUAACACCAAUAUAUCUUGUUAUUCCUUAUUGUAUAUCUCAGUGACUCAAAUUUGGGUUGGUUUACCCUCUCCUAAAUUGAAAACUCUGGGAGAAAUGCCUAUUUUUAAAAGCCAGAAUUCAUUGUUUGUUUAAAAAGUGA